GAAUGCGCGCGGACGACAUGUUGGACGACGGUUGCCUCCGCCGCUACCGUGCUAGCUGAGCGAUAACCGCUCGCAAAACGACGAGUAUCGCCUUUUCGAGAGCAGAGAGGACACCUGGACGAGGUCGCAGCGACAUCGGCCGCGGGACCACCAUGGGCACCGUGCUGAGCUUCUCUCCGAGAGACCGCAAGCCGCAGAGCUACAGCGAGUACAACCUGUACAGCUACGAGCAGCUCAACAACGCCAAGAACAGUCAGCACUCCGCCAAGAUGGGCCUCCACCAGGACAGGAUGGCGGCGCCGCCGGCGUCUCAAACGCAGCCGCCCAACGCCGGCGGAGGCCACAACCACCACCAUUACCACCACGGUCACCACCACGGCAACAAUCACAACAACAAUAAUAACAAUAACAACAACAACCAGAACCACCAUGGCGGCAACCACUUGAAGAAGCACACUCUUUUCAUCAAUGCUCUGAGCUGGAAGCACUUUAACGUCUCAACCAAGAAGAAGGCAGAAAAGACCAAGUCAGCGGCCGCGCAGCGCCAGCCCUUAGAACCCGUCGAUCCAAACAAGAACGUACACAAGUCCCUUUCCUGCUACAACCUUGGCCUCGACAUCGUGGGCACGGGCCGCGGGCUCGUCGACCGGCCACCAACUAGUGCCAAGCCGGCCCCGCCUCCCCUGCCACCGAAGCCAGCCGUGGUAAGGCCGGCUCCCCCCAAACCGGCCGGAUCUCAGCAGCUAACGGCCGGUGGUAGCCCUCAGCGCAAGACAGUCAUCCAAGCCUCAACGUCAGAGCUGCUGCGCUGCUUGGGCGAGUUCCUUGGGCAGCGCUGCAAGCGGCUGCGCGACUUCCAGCCAGGAGACGCAGUUCUCUGGCUGCGAACCGUGGACAGGUCGCUGCUGCUGCAGGGCUGGCAGGACAUCGCCUUCAUCAACCCUGCAAACGUGGUCUUCCUGUACAUGCUUGUGCGCGAGCUCGUCGACGAGGACGUGACCAGCGAGCGUGAGCUGCAGGCCGUCGUGCUGACGUGCCUCUACCUGUCGUACGCGUACAUGGGCAACGAGAUAUCGUAUCCACUAAAGCCCUUCCUUGUUGACGAGAACCGGGACAAAUUCUGGGACCGCUGCCUCCUGAUCAUCGAGAGCCUGAGCUCCAGCAUGCUGCGCAUCAACAGCGAGCCGGGCUUCUUCACCGAAGUCUUCAGUGAGCUCAAGGCGUGUGCACCCCAGCCGGCGACGUCGACGGCAACCACGGCGCGCGUUUGUUGAAGACCGCCCACGGCCCCGCCAUCGACGGGGCUUCUUCACUCUAGUAUCAAGGUUUCGCCAAAUAAGGUCCUCUCCGAGCGGCAGAGGGAGAGGCCAGCACCCGUCCUUCUGUCCAAGCCGUCACCUCAGCGCCGUGGUGAUUCCGGUGUACGCUGUGUCAACGUCGUGUUGCCCUUCAUUUUUCGACGCACGUUGAUCAAAAGCUCUUUGUCCCUGUUACUGCUGCUUUUUCCGUCACCUUCCUAUCUUCAACUUUGAAGACAAGUACGGCUUAAGAGUGAUGAGCUUGGACCCAAGUUUGUGAUUUGGUUUUACUGUUUAUUUGGAGUGCAAGGAAACGUCGUGAAGAAAGUUACGCUAUAGCGGGUCACUUAAGCAAAGAACGAACAUCUUGCAUUCCGCAGAUGAUGUCUCCAUUCGUUCAUUUGCUGCACACAUUUCAGUUGAGGCAAGAGCCUGUUCUUUAGCUAUGCGGUCCCCGUUGACCCUACUUAGUUGUUCCGGGAAAAGAAUGCAGUGCGACACCACUUGCAGCACACCGGAAGACACGGAACCUGGGACGGCCGUCAUACGUGGACCCAUCAAUGGCGUCGAUGGAGCAGCGUUCGCCAUAACUGCCAAAAGAAAACACACGGAAACGGGGUGGAAAUGUUCGAAGAGCAUCGAUGGAGGCAUCCUCGACCGUGGCGCUAGCUUGCGCAGUGUCCGUUUCUUGAGUGUGUGACAUCGGACGGGAGAGAAAUGCCUGGACAUGGCGCAAUGCUCCGUGUGUUCAAGGCCGCCGAGGCGGUCGACUGUGCGACAGACUGCGGUGCCUGUGAGACACCGUUUCGCCAUCGCCUCGCUGCGGGCAGCUUGGAGAAGUUUGUCCACGCACCCAGCUCUCUUCUCGACAAGACACCCGGCUCUCUCCAUCCCUCUGCUACCGUUGUUACGACUGACUCAUUGUUGUGGGACUAUGCUGCAAUACUUCCUCCUUUCACUUGUUUUCGCCUUCUAUCGCUUGUUUUUAUGCGUUUUUUUUUCUUUCCUUUGACUAACGCUGUCCCAGAAGAAACCGCACGAAAUACCACAGGUGAGAGGGCGAUCGUUUCCGUUCGUACGCUAUUUCAUCUCUACACCAACUAAGUUUCACAGACUGCCCACAUUCGAUGGAGCACCUAUAUAUAGAGUGAGCGAGGGAGAGAUUAUCGAACCUGUUCAUUCGCUUUUUGUCACAGCCAGAGCGCAAUUUUAGUAUAGGGCACGUCUGUGUAUCGAUCGUCUUCGCGGCUGCCUUGCAGUUGUAUCAGUACUUUUAGUAUGUUUUCGUCACGACCUGUUAAUUGCAUUCUUUCUUCUGCUGUGACGCAAACAAAAGAUAAGAAAGAAAAGAGAACAGUAACCAGUACAAAUAUUGUUAAGAACGAAACGGCAACAAAAAAAAUCAGUAUGAAUCUCGAUACGUUAGGUGAUACAGCCAUCAUACAUUCGUUCUCUCUUCAUUUACGUUCAAUUUCACGUUAUCUCGCGUAAAGUUAGUGCAAUGAAAAAGAAACGCGGAAGCGAAGUGGAGUGAUACCAUGCUGCAGAACCUCAAAGCAAGCUUCAAUGAAGCAAUGAAAACGCGAUGUGCCAACGUUGAUAUAACUUAGCCGAUCGCAUGUAGGAACUGCAGAUAAAGAAGUCUCAGGAGAGACAUUUAGAUUGUACACGAUACUUCUGAAGCGUACGCUUCUGCCCAUGCAUUGGGCUCCGAAGGCUACCCAGCGGGUGAAGUCUGCUGGAAGAAUAGCAAAUACGCUCAAAUGACGAUAUAUUGCGAAACAACCAUGACAUAAUAUCUAUUUUAUGAGAUCGCCGUUUUUUAGGGUGCGUACAUUGCAACCGUUACGCUUUCAUUUGUUCCCUUCUUUUGUUGUUUUCCUGGCGAGAGAAACACACUCGGUGAGUGAAAUAAACAAUAAGCAAUCGCUAGAAAAACAACGGCAACAAAUUGUUGUUAGCUACGUUUCUUGUGAUACGGGAACAGGAGAAAUACGUCCACUUUGUAGUCGCAGUCCUUUAUUUCGCAGUCACAAUGCAUUAUUUUUAGUAAAGAGCUACGCUGGCGUUAGCGUGUACGGUUACACGAAGCGGGGAAUAAGUCGAGCUGAAUAUCUUUUAUACGAUCCUUGUUUCUUUAGGUGUAAAUAAAACUGUUCAAUGAGGACGCGGCGAGGCGCUUUCGCAUUGCCCGCUGCUUCCUAUGGAGCACCGCGGCGCUCAAAGAAAACGUCGCGGCAUAGCUGGGGCGCCGCGGAGACUCGGCCGCCAUCUUGCGCGGAACUAGCCAGCUUCCCUGCGAGAACCAAAGAAAAAAUUUUAAAAAAAGGCGCGUAUCGAUCGCGUCGACUCCCCCAGCGUCGCGUCCUCACUACGCCGCCUGCGGAGUACGACGCAUGCGUAGCACGGUGGCAGCCUGCCGCGCAUUACUCACCGAAACCGUUGUAGAUGGCGUCUCCUCCCAAAACGACGCUAUGCUUAUUUCUACUUUUAACUUGUUUUCUCUGCAACGUUCUAUCUUUUUGUUCUUUGUUGUUCGAUGCUCGUCUUUUAUGGCGGUAUGAACGAGGACAGUACGGCCUGACAUUGCAGGCCCUUUUGCGAGCCAGCACUGAGUGCGAUGUUGUCCUCUAGUUAAAGUUUGUCAGUUGAUAUCAAACGAUACCUUCAGUGCAGAGAAAAAGAGGACGUGCUCAUACCUUUCUCAAGCGUACAUUAGGAAAAAUAUGACGUUAUUUCGCGAAUAUGCUAGAAAAACAAUUUGCGCUUGAAAAAGAGGGAGCAAAAAUAGGAAACAGCGAACACGAGAACCUUAUAUUCACUUGAGUGAAUUCAGUGACAUGAAAACGCAGCUUGGGACACGUUUAGUGACUGCCUUAUGAAGAACCCUGGCAUCGACAAAACGCUUAGAGUAAUCGCCAAAUGGAGGGCAAGCUGCAAUGUCACUUCCGGUGAGCGUUGGUAAUCUAAGAUAUUAUGUUUAGAGACACUAUACUGUAAGUCUAAAGUGCCGGCAUGAAAUGAAAGUUUUUUUCUUGUCGGCAGUGUCACGCUGCUCAGUGCUGGCUACACACCUCCACUUCACGCACGUGAAGCGUGCUUCGCCGCGUUUAGACUGUUAUUGCGGUGAAGCACGCUUUCCGUAGCACCGCCUUCCGGCAUAAUUUCAAGAGGGCAGUUAACGAAACAACCACGCACAAGAUGUGUACAAGCCUCCGCCCGUGUAUUGCUGUCUUCUGUAACAAAGCGCUUAUGUGAGUUAUGUGCCAAUUUUGUAUUUAUUGCAGCUUCUUGUUCAACACGAUCUGCCGCACGUCAUGCAUAUAUGUCCACAUUUUCGGCAACUUUGUUAAUUGUAGCUGAACUCUGUAUUGUUAAUAAGUUUUGGCCUAUUAUCGCAUUUCAUUUCUUAACCUCUUUUUACCUGCUACAGGUAACAACAGUUGUUCCUGUGUCGCUUGAUUAGGCAAAUAAGCGCCAAUAUGUUAUCUGCUGGCGUCAGUGUCCACACAACGUGUUUCGAAAGUUAUUGCUUUCAUGCAAAGAAACCACGCCAUCAGUUCUGAAGUAGAGGAAGAGGCGAAAGUUGUUAUUUUCGUUUACAAGGGGUCUGGUUGCCAUCUCUGAUAGUGCUUGCUCGCGAUAUACGCGAGUCGCGUGGCAAUGCUGAGGUCACAGUUCAUCUCUCUCUAUCUCGAGUGCUACAAGUCAUUGCAUAGUCAUCAAUACGAUGCAUAAGUCGUCACCUGUUACAAUACCCGGUAGAAGUGUUCACGGACAAUGGUGUGAUGUACUAAGCCUGUCUGUUCUUUGUCUUCACCGAAGCUUCGACUGAUGAAAGAAUACCAAGAACUGCGUGCGAAGCUUGUGCUGCUCAUUUGUACAAAACCUAUAUCAGCUGGAUAAAAAAUAAA